AUGAGCAAGGCACUACUCGCCUUUGUAUGGAUCGCCGGCCCUUUAACGGGCACUUUGGUCCAGCCAUACAUCGGCAUCCGGAGCGACAACUGCCGCAUCUCAUGGGGUAAGAGGAAGCCGUUUAUGCUGGUUGGCAGUGUGACCACUGUGAUCUCUCUAAUGGCUCUGGCUUGGGUCCAGGAGCUGGUCGGCGGGUUUUUGUCUAUUUUUGGGGUGGAUCGGGCGUCUGAAGGGCUGAAGGUGGUUGUUAUUAUUGCGGCGACGAUUCUUAUGUAUUUGCAAGCGGGCAUCCGCGCAUUCAUCGUCGACAACUGUCCUGCUCACCAGCAGGAAUUGGCUAAUGCGUGGGCUAGUCGGCUCACGGGCGUUGGCAACAUUUUUGGCUUUAUUUUUGGGUAUAUCGAUCUGCCCAAAUUCGUCCCUUUUCUCGGCCGCACCCAGUUCCAGGUUCUCUGUGCGAUCGCAUCGUUCUCUCUCCUGGUUACAUUGGCGGUCAGCUGUCUCUACAUCCAAGAGCGCGAUCCUCGUCUCGAAGGCCCGCCUUCUUCUGAUGAACUCGGUAUUGUCUCUUUCUUUCGACAGACCUUUAAAUCGAUCAAGAACCUUCCGCCGCAGAUCGCCCGUGUCUGCGAGGUCCAGGUGGCAGCCUGGAUGGGCUGGUUUCCGUUUUUGUUCUACUCGACUACCUACAUUGGCCAGCUAUAUGUCAAUCCGAUCUUCGAGGAGAAUCCGGAUUUCUCCAAGGAUCAGAUCGAUCGUGCUUGGGAGGAAGCUACGCGGAUUGGGACCUUUGCGCUUCUUGUUGAAGCGAUUAUAUCCUUCUCGGCCAAUAUGCUUCUUCCGCUAUUUGUCGUCCCAACCUAUGCCGGCCGAGCAGGACCAACCACACUGCAAGGACCAGACCGUCCCAGCAACGACUUGGAAGAGGAACCCGAGAUCCCUCGCCGGUUAUCAUUUUCCGCCAUGCCGACAGGCACAGCAUCCGAGCCGCUCCUCAGCGAACCAGGAGACAAGUUCCCCGUCGCAGACAAGAAACCAACCUGGCUCUCGCGGCUACAGAUCCCGAGCUUGACCCUCCGCCGAACAUGGCUCCUCUCCCACGUGCUUUUCGCAGUCUGCACAUUCAGCACCCUGUUCAUCUACUCCUAUCAAGUCGGAACAGUCGUCGUCGGCCUCAUCGGUAUCUGCUGGGCCGUCACCCUGUGGGUGCCUUUUGCGUUGAUUUCCGCCGAGGUAUCUCGCAUUGAUGUUGACCGGCGGUUACGCCGUCGCCAGACCGUGUUGUCCGAAGGUGUCGGAGAAACGCGCCAUCCUCCCCCUUAUGACUCUGCUGCUACUGCUACUGGAUAUGCACCGGCAAACACCGAAGAUCAUGCUGAUGAAGAUGAGAGAGAAAGCCGCCCAAGCGAGGAUGUCGAGAACGGAGCACCACCGCCGGUCGAGGAGGAUCUUACUCAGGCAGGGAUUAUUCUCGGACUGCACAAUGUGGCUAUUUCAUUCCCCCAAAUUGUGUCGAGUUUGGUCUGCAGCGCUAUUUUCAAGGCAGCGCAGAAACCGCGCGGUGAGCCGUGGGAUGAUAGCGUGGGAUGGGUGCUCCGGUUUGCAGGUUGUGCUGCCCUGGUGGCGGCGUGGUUGUCGAAGCGGCUGGCUGAAGGGCCGGGCCGGUGA